CGUUGUCGAGUGCUUGAUGAGAUCGUUACCGAAGAAGCGAACAUAAUCCUAACCUAACCUUUUUCGUGUGUGGCCAUGUGUUCGUAGUGUAUAAGUUUUUAAAUUGAACUGUUGAUUUUUGUGAAACAGAAGAUGUCACGUUUAAUAGUGAAAAAUUUGCCAAAAAAUAUAACAGACGCUAAACUGAAGGAGUUAUUCAGUCAAAAGGGUCUUGUCACUGACGUUCAGUUGAAAUACACAAAGGAUGGAAUAUUUCGACGAUUUGGGUUUGUAGGAUAUAAGACGGAGGAACAAGCAAAAUUGGCACAGUCCUAUUUUGAUCAAACGUUCAUUGAUACUUGUAAGAUAACUGUUGACCAAUGUGCAAAUUUAGGAGAUCCCUCAAAGCCAAAAUCAUGGAGCAAGUAUGCAAGCGACAGUUCUCGUAAUAAAUCUGGCAAAAGCUCUGAAUCACAGAAGGAUUCUGCGGAACAAAAUGAUGUUCAAGAAACUAAAAAUGACAAAGAGAAAAAAAAGAAAAAAAAGAAAAAGACUGAGGAUAAGAAGACUGACAAAGUCAAGGAAGCGCUUGAAAAGCACAAAGAUGCUCCUUUAUUCAUGGAAUUUCUUGAAUCGCACACCAGCAAAAAUAAAAAGUCAAUUUGGAAGAAUGAUAUAGAUAUACCUGGUCCUGAGAAUGAGACUGAUAAAUUGAAGGAAAGCGAGGAAGAAGAAGAAGAAAAAGAAGAAGAAGAAGAAGAAGAAGAAAGUAAAAGCAAAUCAAAGAAAAAAAUUGCAGAUAAAGUCAUAUCGGAUUUAGAGUACAUGGAAGCAUUGAAAAAAAAGGAACAGAAUGUGAAGAACGAAGAAAAGUCGAAGACUUCUACCAAGACUCCCAAGCACAAACAGUUAUUUACUGUAAUAGUGCGCGGACUUGGAUACAAACAUGUGAAAAAACACAUUAAACAAUUCUUUCGCCCUAUAAAAGCCGCGUCUAUACGAAUUCCACCCAAGAUAAAGGGUAUAGCCUAUGUGGGAUUCAAAACGGAGCAAGCUAUGAGAAAGGCUCUUAUGAAAAAUAAGAGUUUUCUAGAUGGCAAGCAGAUAUUUGUAUACAAAUACGCGCAAAAAGAGACAACUGACAAAUCUGACGAUCCAAACAAUGUGACUAAUGUCAAAUGGAAGAAGCAAGAAGAGGCUAUGAAGAACGAAGAGAGUAUAGCGGAAUCUGGGAGAAUAUUUAUUCGAAAUCUGACGUACACCACUACGGAGGACGACGUGAGAAAACUAUUUGAGAAGUACGGGCCUCUAACCGAGGUAAAUUUACCCGUGGACAGAGUGACUAGGAAACCAAAAGGUUUCGGCACCGUGACGUUUCUGAUGCCGGAACACGCUACGAGAGCUUACGCCGAACUGGACGGUUCCGCGCUGAACGGUAGAAUGUUACACAUUCUUCCCGGAAAGGCGAAAGAUUCUCCGGAGAACAUCGACACGGAAAAUCUGACUUACAAGCAAAAGAAGGAACUUCAGCAGAAAGCGACCGCGGGUUCGUCGCACAAUUGGAACACAUUGUUUCUCGGUUUGAACGCCGUGGCGGAUGCCAUCGCGAGUCGUUACAACACGACGAAGGAGAACUUGCUGGUUGAUCGUGAAUCAAACGGGAUGAGCGCCGCGGUGAAACUCGCGCUCGGAGAAACGCAGUUGAUUCACGAUACGAAAAACUUUUUGGAGGAAAACGGCGUGUGUCUGGACGCUUUCAAUCAAGCGCCGAAGAAAAGAUCGACCACGAUAAUCUUGGUGAAGAAUUUGCCGAGCGAAACGAAACCGCGAGAGAUUCGAGAAAUGUUUGCCAAGUACGGAGAUUUAGCGCGUAUUGUGAUACCGCCGGCUGGCAUAACCGCACUGGUCGAAUUUCUGGAGCCGUCCGAGGCACGCAAGGCUUUUCACUCGUUAGCUUACAAGAAAUUUAAACAUCUGCCGUUGUAUCUGGAGUGGGCGCCGGACAACAGUUUCACCACGUCCGCGCCCAAGACCGAUAGAGUUAAAAAAAAAACGUCCGCGGAGAAAUCAGCAAAGACGAAAGAAGUAACGAUGGAGGAAUCGACGAAAGAAAAUAAAAACGAGAAAAUAAAUAACGAGAAUGCGCGUAAAAAUAAAAAUGAAGAGCCGUCUGAACCGGACACUACGCUUUUCGUAAAGAAUAUCAACUUCGCAACUACGGAAGAAGAGUUGAAAGAUUAUUUUGGCAAAUGUGGUCCUAUUGAUUACGUUACAAUAACCACUAAAUUGGAUCCGGAAAAUCCGGGUAAAAGAUUGUCCAUGGGAUACGGAUUCGUGAGAUUCAAGAGAAAACACGACGCGGACCACGCGUUGAAAACGUUGCAAAUGUCGGUGCUGAAUGGAAAGAGUUUGGAGCUGAAGCGAUCCGAGAGAACGUUGAUAUCCGAUGUUAAGACAACGAAGAAGAAGGCUAACAUUACGGAACAAACCAGUGCUAAAAUCCUAGUGCGAAACGUACCCUUCCAGGCGACUCAUAAAGAACUAACGGAAUUAUUUAAAUCUUAUGGCGAAUUGAAGGCCGUGCGAUUACCGAAGAAAUUGGUCGGCGUUGAGAAGCACAGGGGAUUUGCUUUCGUCGAGUAUUACACAAGAGCGGACGCAAAAAAAGCGUUCAAUGCGCUGUCCCAAAGCACUCACUUGUACGGUCGAAGAUUAGUGCUCGAAUGGGCACAGGCGGAAGAGGACAUCGAGGAAAUCAGAAAGCGUACAGCGACAAAAUUCUAUCAAGGAUCUGCACCGAAGAAAUUUAAGAAGUCUACGAUAGAUGCCGAAGGCGGUUUCGAAGCGAAGUCGACUUGAGUCAGACUUCAAGUACUGGAAUUGUCAUGCGGAAGGAAUGUCAUGUUAAAACUCUUGCAAUUUAAUGACCGAAUUUCGAUCGCGCGAUAGAUAACUGAAUGCCGUGUAUAUAACCCGUGGUAUCGAAUAAUUAUUGGAAUCAGUAUAUACUCCACGCACGUUUCGAUUUUCAUUUCUUUUCUCUCUGGCAGAGGUUCAAGUUGCUUGUCGGAGAAGUUCCAGACAGAAUUUCGAUUACGUGACCUUCGCGUCACGUUCAAAAAAGCAACUCUUUUCCUUUUUUUGAAGGUCAAUUUCUAAUGAUCGCGCGCGAUUUCAAAAUACACAUUUGAAAUAUAUAUCUCUCUUUUUCAUUAUUAAAUACUACGAUACCAUGUACAUACUAAUCUAAAACAUGUACAUAUGUUAUACGGUGAACAAAAUAUAACGUAUAUAUGUUUUGUAAUACCCUCAUAAAAAAUUAAAGAAAAUAAAUAUCAA